AGAUCUAGCGCAUGCGCACAUCGAAAAAGAAUGCGGACUUCGCAGCUCUCCCAAUAUUAAAUAGUUUGAUGGCCAUAGUUUGAUAAAUCAUGUCGAAAGCACCAUCUCUGCCCGGUUCUUCGGGUGCUGCGGCCAGCCUGGGACCUUCAUCGUCCUCCUCUUGCUCGUCUCCCUCGGCAGGUGGCACGACUUCCCCCGCUAACGUGCUGCACGCACAGCCCGAGAAGCCCCAGCACUACACGUAUCUGAAGGAGUUUCGGACAGAACAGUGUCCUCUUUUUGUUCAGCACAAGUGUACUCAGCACAGGCCUUUCACCUGCUUUCACUGGCACUUCCUGAACCAGAGACGACGGAGGCCGAUUCGCAGACGAGAUGGAACCUUUAAUUACAGCCCUGACGUGUACUGCGUUAAAUACGAUGAGGGCACGGGGACAUGUCCUGAUGGGGAUGAGUGUCCAUUUCUACACAGAACAGCUGGAGACACAGAGAGGCGGUAUCACCUGCGCUACUAUAAGACCGGCUCCUGUAUCCACGAGACUGAUGGAAAGGGGCACUGCAGUAAAAACGGCCCUCACUGUGCCUUUGCUCAUGGGUCACAUGACCUCAGAAGCCCUGUAUAUGACAUCAGAGAGGUCCAGGUAUUAGAAGCCCAGGCCACUACUGGGUUGACCGAGGGCUCGUCUGGAGAAGGCCAGUCUGGAGUUGUGGCCAGCACUGCACUCAUAGAAAAGAUCCUGAGUGAAGAUCCACGCUGGCAAGAUAACAGUUUUGUGCUCUCUCACUAUAAGACUGAGCUUUGCAAAAAACCUCCUCGCCUGUGCCGUCAGGGCUACGCAUGUCCCUACUAUCACAACAGCAAAGACCGCAGACGGAGCCCUCACAAGCACAAAUACAGAGCGCUGCCGUGUCCCUCGGUGAAGCACAGUGAUGAAUGGGGCGAUCCUAGUAAAUGUGAGGGUGGAGAAGGCUGUCAGUACUGCCACACACGCACAGAACAGCAGUUCCACCCGGAGAUUUACAAAUCCACCAAAUGCAAUGACAUUCAGCAGAGUGGAAACUGUCCCAGAGGGCCGUUCUGUGCUUUUGCCCAUUUAGAAAAAGUGAGUGUCGGUGACGGGUGCAGUUCUCCUCCUCUCUCUGCUGCUUUUGAGGACUUCAGUCACAGCGGCCCGAGCACAUUAACGGAGGAGGGCAUGCUGGGAAGGGGGCUGUUUGAUGACUCCUGCAGUCUCGAUGCCAGUCCUGGAGCAGAGGGGGGUUAUGGGAAAGCUCCAGGAUUUGAGAGGGAAGACCAGGCCAAACACAAAUGUUUUUCAAUGGAGCAGCGCAGCAGAGACGUUUCCUCCAUGCACAGCAAACAGGAUCUGUUGGUGUUUUUGCCUGUUGGCAGUCCUCUCAGUAUGUCCUCCAGUGUCCCCUCCAGCUUGGCAGCCACACCACCCAGUCCUGCUCCACCCGGCCCGUCUUCAGGCAUGAACGCCAACGCUCUGCCUUUCUACCCCACCAGCGACACGGUGGAGUCUGUAGUGGAAUCUGCAUUGGAUGAUCUGGACCUGAAUGACUUUGGAGUAUCGGCUCUUGAGAAAAGUCUGGAGAGUUCAGCUCUACCCAGCAUGGGCCUCAUGUUAGGAGGCAGUCAAUUACAGAGUUCAGCACCUGUCAACAUCCCUGGCUCUUUAAGUAGCCCCUCCCCUUUCAGAUCGCCCUCACCUUCUCCACCAAUCAGAGCCCACCACUCGCCAUUCCUCUCAGCACAGCUGCCACAACCUAGCCAAUCAGAAAGCAGUUUUUUGGGGACGUCCCACGGUUCUUUAGGUUUAAAUGGCAUGAGCAGCAGUAUUUGGGAGCAUUUUCCAACAGGCCAGAGUUCUCCAGGUACUCCUCCAGCUCUGCUGUCAGCAGGCAGCAUGUACAGCGAGACAUCACGGCUCAAACAGGAAGUGGAGGAAGCUCACAGAGUGCUGAAACACUGGGACCACAGCUGGAGACAGAUGGCUCAGUCCCUGGCGGUGUUGAAGGCGGAUGCGGAGGACGCUCGUCUACUGGCAGGGCAGCUGGGAAUGGAGGCGGAACGAGCACGGCAGGCAGAGGUGGAGGCGCAGCAGCAGGCCGCUCUCCUGGAGGAGGCGCUGGAGACUCUCAGACAUGCGGAAAACCCUCAUCUACAGCUCCACCAGCUCCAGCUCCUGCACAGACUGCCUCUCAGCUCCAUCUGCAGCCUGCAGGCACAGAUCUGCUCCUGCCUGCGCACUGUAGAACAGGCUGUGUUCAGGAAGCAGAGAUUAUAUUGUGUAUCUUGUGAUGAAUUGGGAUCAGUGACAUUACCAUGCCAGCACGGUCUGCACUGUGAGCGCUGUGCCACUUCCACAGAGUGCCCGCUGUGCACCGAACACCAGCCAAACAUCAACAUCCCACAGUCAUAAUGCUAGAAUUCACACACCCCACAGCAUAUAUCAAAUUCUGUCCAAUGCUAAACUCAAAUCUGACAGUAGUGAAACCGCCUCAGCCUUACCUUGGCUACAAGCUAAAGUGACAGUUCACCUACAAAUAUGUAAAUGUACUCACCCUCAAGUAGUUCCAAUCCUUUAUUGUUGUAAACCAGCAGCCAUCGACUUUCAUAGUAGGAAAAAAUACAAUGGAAGACCAAGGCUACUGGUUUUCAACAUUCUUCAAACUAUCUUCUUUUGUGUUCAACAGUAGAAAAAACACAUAUAGGUUUUAAACAAGUUGAGGGUGAGUGAUUUAUGACAGAAAUAAAUCAAAUUAAAGUUGAGUGAACUGUCCCUUUAAUAGUCUUGUGCAGUAGUGAUGUCAAAACUCAUUAUUUACUAUGGAUUCUGGUAAGAUUUCGCGUUUUUAUUUAAUUUAUGGAAGAAAUAAUGACUGUGAUAGACAUAACUUGACAAUACUUUACAGGUUUGCUCGACAACAUGGAUUAGACUCAAACAACAGCAAAAUGCUGUUUCAAUUUAAGUACAUUAGAACAUUUGAGGUUUAAGUCUGCUGUUUUUGUUGUAGAACAAAACAUUAAGUUUCAUCCAGUUAUGUUUACCACAAACUUAAUUUCUCUCAUUAGAGGAACACUUUUUUUGGAAAUAGGCUCAUUUUACAUCUCCCCUAUUGUCAAACAGUUGUGUUUAACCAUUUUGUAAAAUACUUAGUUGAUCUUCAGAUCUAGCAGAAGGACUUUUAGCUUAGCUUAGCAUAAUUCAAUGAAUCAGAUUAGACCAUUAGCAUCUAACUCGCCCAAAAAAAAAAAAAAUAGUUUUGAAAAAUUUUCUGUUCAAAUCUUGACUUUUCUGUAGUUACUUCAUGUGGU